CACAUAGUACAAACAUAUCGGUCCAACCCCAAUUUUAAUGUCCUGGUCUUCUCUUUUUUCCCAAUUAGAUUUAGAAGAGCGGAGCAUCCAAAUCACACACUAAAAGAGUGUAGUCUGUAGUCUGCAUGCUUGAGUACUAAAACCCUCCUCAUUUUGUCCGCUCUUCCUCUUCUUCCUACUACUACGCCCAGACCUGAAUGUGACUUAGGAAUUUCCCUAAACUCCGGUAAAACGUAAAUAGGAGAAAACAAGAAGAACAUUUAGUACAAAUUCGCUAGGGUGGAUAAAAACAUGGAGGAAAGUUCGUCAUCUAAAGUAGCGGAUGGAACUAUUAGCGGUAUCACGUUCGGUUUGGCGACACCACAGGAAAUAUGUAAAUCCUCUAUUAGUGAUUGCCCCAUUACCCAUCCCAGCUUACUUCUCAACCCUUUUCUUGGUCUGCCUCUCGAAGCUGGCAGAUGUGAAUCCUGUGGUACUGCAGAGCCUGGACAAUGUGAAGGUCAUUUUGGAUACAUUGAGUUGCCCAUUCCUAUUUAUCACCCUGACCAUGUCAGUGAGUUGAAAAAGAUGCUAAGCCUGCUUUGCUUGAAGUGUUUAAAGAUGAAAAACAGAAAGGUUCAGGUCAAGCAUGUUGGUGUUCUUGAACGAAUGUUGCCCUCAUGUUGUGAGGAUGUCGUACAAAUCUCAAUAAACGAGGGUAAAACCUCAGAUGGUGCUUCCUAUUUGGAACUGAAAGUUCCAAAAAAUGCUGCAAAUCUUCCGGACUGGAACUUCUUGGAGAAAUAUGGCUACCGCUACGGUGACGGUUAUUCUAGACCUUUGCUUCCUUCUGAGGUUCUUACAAUCCUGAGAAGAAUUCAUGAAGAUACUAGGAAAAAGCUGUCAGCAAAAGGCUAUUUCCCACAGGAUGGAUACAUCCUGCAAUACUUACCAGUGCCUCCCAACUGUUUGUCUGUGCCUGAUAUAUCUGAUGGGAAUAAUAUCAUGUCUUCGGAUCAUUCUAUAACAAUGCUCAGGAAGGUACUGAGGCAGAUUGACAUAAUUAAAAGUUCAAGAUCUGGUAUACCUAAUUUUGAGGCUCAUGAAGUUGAAGCCAAUGAUUUACAAGCAUCAGUUGUCCAGUAUCUCCAGUUUAGGGGGACAGGCAAGUGCACUCCAACAGUGUNAUUGGUAAAUGACAUGGCUCGACUGUUUCAGAAGAAGUAUCCUUCUGCUGGUAGUAACCCUUCGGAGGAAUUUGGGUUGGUUGGAAGCUGUCUGUUCUAUGGGUUGGACCCUUAUCAGGAGAUGAUUCAUUCGAUCUCUAGUAGAGAAGUGAUUGUCCGCUCCACAAGGGGAUUGACCGAACCUGGGACUUUGUUCAAGAACUUGAUGGCCAUCCUCCGUGAUGUGCUAAUUUGCUAUGAUGGGACUGUUCGGAAUGUCUCCAGCAAUUCCAUUAUUCAAUUUGAGUAUGGAGCUAGUGGUGGGUCAAAUUUCCCAAGUGAAUUUGGUGCUGGUGAUCCUGUUGGAGUGUUGGCUGCAACUGCUAUGUCCAAUCCCGCAUACAAAGCAGUUCUUGAUUCCUCUCCGAGCAGCAAUUCCUCCUGGGAGAUGAUGAAGGAGAUACUGCUUUGUGGAGUGAGCUUCAAGAAUGAUGUUUCUGACCGUCGGGUAAUCCUUUAUCUGAAUGAUUGUGGGUGCCGUAGAGGGUGCUGCAGAGAAAAAGCAGCGUACCUCAUCAAGAAUCAUUUGAGUAAAGUAUGUCUUAAGGAUGCUGCUGAUGAGUUCUUGAUAGAAUAUGGAGGGCAACAAGCAGGAUAUGAGAAUUCUGAAACAGGGACUGGCCUCGUUGGUCAUAUUACUCUCAACCAGGGACAGCUGGAAAAUCUGGGAAUCAGUGUUCUUGAGGUUCUUGAAAGAUGCCAAGAAAAUAUCAGUUCAUUCCAGAGGAGAAAAAAGAUUGGCAAUCUUUUCAAGAGAAUAGUUUUGUCAGCGAGUGCAUUUUGUUCGUUUUGCUACAAUUCUGGAAGCAAGUGUUUGAACACACCAUGCUUGAGGUUCUCUUGGCCAGAUGCGAGUGACGAUCACUUAGAGAGGGUUUCUCACAUUCUUGCUGAUAUGAUAUGCCCAAUUCUGUUGGAUACAGUUAUCAAAGGUGAUCCAAGGGUUUCAAGUGCAAAUAUAGUUUGGGUUUCUCCUGACACAAUGACUUGGAUUAGGAACCCGUCCAAGAGUCAAAGUGGUGAAUUAGCUCUGGAUAUUGUUCUCGAAAAAGAAGCUGUUAAGCAAAGAGGAGAUGCAUGGAGGAUUCUCAUGGAUUCCUGUCUUCCUUUCAUCCAUUUGAUAGACACUAGGCGCUCCAUCCCAUAUGCAAUAAAGCAAGUCCAAGAACUGAUUGGAAUUUCUUGUGCCUUUGAGCAAGCUGUUAAGCGCCUAUCGACGUCAGUUACAAUGGUCACAAAGGGUGUUCUCAAAGACCACCUAGUUCUGUUGGCUAAUAGCAUGACUUGCGCAGGAAAUCUGAUUGGUUUUAAUGCUGGUGGAAUAAAAGCAUUGUCUCGAUCAUUAAACAUGCAGAUACCAUUUACGGAAGCAACGUUAUUUACCCCAAGAAAAUGCUUUGAGAGGGCUGCUGAAAAGUGCCAUGUUGAUUCUUUGUCAAGCAUUGUGGCUUCUUGCUCCUGGGGAAAACAUGUGGCAGUUGGUACAGGAUCUCCUUUUGAAGUUAUCUGGAACACAAAAAAUGUUGAAUUGAAUAUACCGGAUGCACAUGAUGUUUAUAGCUUCCUGCACUUGGUGAGGAGCAGCUCUGCUCAAGAAGUAGAAGGUACCAGUUGUCUUGGUGCGGAAGUUGAAGAACUGGAGGUGGAAGACGAAGAUAUGGGAUUAUACCUGUCUCCUGAUCGGGACUCUGGUUCAGAUAAGCCCACUUUUGAAGAUAGAGCUGAAUUUGAUAAUGGUAUAGAAAAUGAAAACUUAGAUGAAGGAAAGCUUAGUGGCUCUGCAUGGGAAAAGGCAUCAUCUGAGAAUGUCAAAUCUGGUGGUAGCUGGGAUAUGGCUAAAACCCAAAAUGGCGCUGAAAAGGCUGUCAAUCAGUCAGAUUCCUGGUCUUCUUGGGGCAGAAAGGUUGAUGACGCUGAGAAUAAUCCUCGUCAAUCUGGGAACGGAGAGCAGCUAGAAUCAUGGUCUGCCUGGGGAGGAAAGGCUAAGGAAGUAGACAGUAAUCCUCAGCAAUCCGGGAAUACAGCGCAGUCAGGGUCAUGGUCAGCAUGGGGAAAAAAGGUUGAUGAAGCUGGGAAUAGCCAGUCUGGGAAUGAGGAGCAGUCAGGAUCUUUGUCCUCCUGGGGGAAAAAAGUGGAAAAAGAUACUGGUUCGUGGGGUAAAAAGGUUGAGGAAAUGGAAAGUCAUAAUCCCCAAUCUGGGAAAGAUGAGAAGUCAGGAUCUUUGUCCUCAUGGGGGAAAAAGGUGGAAAAAGAUGGUGUUUCUUCUUGGGGGAAAAAAGUGGAAAAUGAUGGUGUUUCUUCUUGGGGGAAAAAGGUGGAAAAAGAUGGUGGUUCCUGGGGUAAAAAGGUUGAGCAAGCAGAAAAUCAUAGCCACCAGUCUUGGAAGGAAGAGAAGUCAGAAUCUUUGUCCUCGUGGGGGAAAAAGGUUGAAAAAGAUGGUGUUUCUUCUUGGGGGAAAAAAGGGGAAAACGAUGGUGUUUCUUCUUGGGGGAAAAAGGUGGAAAAAGAUGGUGGUUCUUCUUGGGGAGAAAAGGUUGAAUCUGAGAAUACCCCUCGACCAUCUGGGAAAGGAGAACAGUCAGGAUCUUGGUCCUCAUGGGGGAAACAGGUGAAAGAAGAUGGUGGGGCUUCUUCGGGGAAAAAGGUGGAGAAAGAUGGUGGGUCUUCUUGGGGGAAAAAGGUUGAUGAACCCGAGGAUAAGCCUCACCAGUCUGGGAAUGGGGAGCAGUCAGGAUCUUGGUCCUCAUGGGGUAAAAAGGUGGAAAAAGAUGGUGGUUCUUUGGACGGGCCUAAACAGUCAAAUUCUGAGUCAUCUUGGGGAAAAACUACUAAAGGUGGUGGAUUUGGUUCAGCGGCUGCUGAAGGCAAUAGAAGGGUUGACCAGUUAGUUAAUGGAGGGAGCUCUAGUAUAAGUGGAGAUGAACAGUUAAAUGAACCAACUCGUGAUGACGCUACAAAAGUUGGUGGUUGGAAUUCUUCAACAGUUGGUGGUUGGAAUUCUCAGAAGGUUGGCAUUGAAGAGAAUGAUAAGCAACCUCAGUGGGGUCAGCGCAGACGUAAUACAAGAGGAGAUUUUAGGGAUAAUUCACGAGGUUGGGGCUCUUCUAGUGGUGGAGAGUGGAAGGGCAACCGGCCUGCAAGAUCAGCUGAUGACUCCAAUAGAGGUGGGAAUUUUACAGCAACAAGGCAAAGGAUGGAUAUAUUCACAGAAGAGGAACAAGACAUACUUUCAAAUGUUGAUCCUAUUAUGCUGAAUAUCAGAAGAAUAAUGCAUCAGACAGGGUACAAUGAUGGCGACCCAUUAUCUGCUGAUGACCAGUCAUAUAUCAUUGACACUGUUCUCAAUUACCAUCCCGAUAAAGCUGUCAAGAUGGGAGCUGGUCUUGAUUAUAUCACGGUUAGCAAACAUACCGAGUUCCAGGACAGUAGAUGCUUCUACGUUGUUUCUACUGAUGGUGCCAAGCAAGAUUUCUCCACCCGGAAAUGUCUGGAGAACUUCGUCAGGUCAAAGUAUCCUGAUAAGGCUGAGACUUUCAAUGGCAAGUAUUUCAAAAAGCCUCAACCUCGCAACACUAGAAAUGCAUCUCCAUCUCCAUCAGUUGGUUGACCUUCUCUUGAGUUCAGAUAUUUGUACAGUUAACUUAGUUGCUUUGUAUAAUUGAUGGCAAGACAAUGAGCUAAAGGAAACGUGCAUGUUGGCAAAGUUGGCAGUUAGAAGUUCUUGUGUAUAUAGUUUAGUCCCUAACUUAUAGAAUUUUCAGUAAAGUCCUUUUCAAGGCUGUUUGGUAGCUAAAGAGCUGUUAGCCUAUUCACCUUUGUAAACCACCAGCACACUAGCAUCGAUGAAUGAUUGAAAGCUUUAGCUUUUUCUCUUUAUUUCGUUA